AUGGGUUCCCUCCUCCCUCUCAACUCAGGAUGCCCAUCCUUUAUCGUGCUGCCCUCCGACAACAGACCUCAGCAGACAGGAGCCAUCGCCCGUCUCCCCGUCGAGCUGAUACGCAUGGUAACCAAGAAUAUGGACAAGCCCAGAAUCAAAGACCUUCGAUCCCUGGCCUUAUCUUCAGCUGGGCUCUUCAACGUCAUCCGUCCCUCGUACUACAAAUCAGGCAGCUUUGAAGACUUCCGCGAAGCACUAAAGACUGCAGACGUGGCCCGAAUGGAGCGCAGCUACCAGUUCGGCGGUGUUGAUGUCUCCAUCGUGUGGGGGAAGAAGUACGUCAAGUGCAAAUGUCGCAACAAGCUUGCAAAGCACCGCCAGCACCGACCGAUUGACAUUCUUCUGUUUCGCAUCAUCAAAGGAGAAUGGAACCCAAACAUUGCGAAUGCUCUCAUGUGGUUGUGCUCGAAGGGAUUCUCGCUCCGACACUGGCCCCGACACCACCACUCUCUUUCAUCACAGAGCAACAUGAUGCCAGAGUCUCUGGUUCAGCUUUUUCAGAGAGGGAUAGCCGACCCUGACAAAGUGCAAGGAGUCUGUAAGAUGAUCCAGUUCCUUAGCGGUCAGGGUCUGCCCAUCCCUCUCCGUGUGUACCCUGAACGAGCCCCAGGCUUUAGAGAACAGGAACGACAAUGCAAUUGUUCUGACUGCGGUCCCCUCCUGCAUCCAGGAUGGCUUGAAACUACCAUGGCCAUUGCCCUCCGCUCCCAUUGUCCUCCUAUGAUCCUCGAAGUCCUUCUUCAAGAGUACGCCAAACGCGGACUUUUCCUCACUGACCUGGAACUGGAUACUUGGGCGCCCCCGCCAGCGAUGGAAGAUUGGUACGACGCCCAGGAACCUUUCUUCCCCGGCAGACCCCACCACGAGCCGUGGUUCAUCGAGACCGACUUUGCAAUCGUAGUCACCUAUCUGUACCGUGACCUCAUGGACCCUACUUCCAACUGGGAAGAGGAGUACCUGGGACAAGCCGCCGACAUCUGGGAGGCCAAGAUGAAACUGCUCAUACGCUACAGCGCCAUCGACGAGCAUGAGCUGUCUUUGUUCCAGGGAAUUCUGAAGGCUCUUCGAGACAUCGCCGAAAUGCCCAAGCCGAGCCCGGCCACCCAUGCAUCCGACGGGAAAUACCGCUGGAGCGCAUUCCGCAAGGCUAUUCGAGAUUCUGCAUCGGCGCCUGAGCUCAUGAGCACGUAUUGGGGUAUAUCUGAUUGGGACGAGGAGGAGUUUCCUGAGGAGACACGUCGUCCGCACCGGUUUUAUAUUGACGAGGAUAUAAAUCCCAAGUUCUGGAACAUUGGAAGUGCUGUCGUCAGAUCUCACGAUUGA